UCGCGGUUUCUGAUAAACCCCCUUACUCAACAAUAAUCACUCAUGGAUUUAUCUUGGAUGAGAAAGGACGAAAAAAUGCCAAACUUGCAAAUGCAUCAUAUGGUGCAGACAUAUUAAGACUUUUGGUUGCUUCAUCUGAAUACACAACGGACGUAAACAUCGGAAAAAUGCGUAAAUAUCGUAAUACGGCGCGCUUCAUGCUUGGAACUUUGAAUGACUUUAAUUAUAUCAAGUGA